GAUAAUUGUAGUAUAAUGUAGGGGAUAUACACGCACACAUUCAUACAUGGACACAUAUACACAAGUCAAACCUCACACACUGUACACCAGUGGAGGCAACUCAACUAUACAAAAAUUACCGACUGAGACCUUCUCCGUACGGUUGGCAGUUGAAUUAUUAUUAUGAUUACUAAGCUAACCAUUAAAUAUAUAUAUACAUGUGAUGCUACUUUAAGAAUAAAAUAACUAAUUAUUUUUGUAUUACUAAUUGAGAAUUGUGAUUAAUAAAGCGAAGGUUGCUGCAUACACGCGUUAAUAAUUAAUUAUAUAAAUAAUAUAAAUAAGUGGAGUAAAAUAUAUAUAUAUAUAAACCCCCACAAUUGGUGACCCCGAACGCUUGAUAAAAUUCAGCAACAUUCCAGCGACGCCAGUUUGUAAUCAUCAAUUCAGCAUUACCGCCAAAAUUCACAAUCAAUGUCAGUGAUGCAUAGUCCUCCGCUUCUCAACUUGGGGAAUUCCCUGGAGGAUACAACAAAAGACGAAUCAGUCAAGAAUAAUAACGGUGAGAAGGAUAUGCCAUCGUUAUCUCCGCAAGAUACGACGAGUAACGAGCAUACGAAGACCCCGGAAAAAACACAAACUGGAAAUAGCAAGGAGCAACCACCAGCUAGCAAUUGGUUCCACCCUACAAGCUAUUAUCAUCCAAUGUAUCAACAAUAUCCAGUUCAGACAGGUAUGCACAUUCCUACUUCAAGCAGGAGCAACGAGACUCCCAACUUGAACGCUCAAACGUACAAUAAUGGUUUAAUUACCUACGCGUACCCUCCAAUGAACUACCCGGGAAAUGGUCCACCGAUGCAAAACAUGCAACCUAGACAACCACCACCACCAGCUCUGAUCCCACCAGGAUUACCACAGCCACGACCACUACCAGCUGGCAACUGGCAAAACACGGCUCAACAAACAAGUGUUCCACAACUUAACCUCCCACCGAGACCAGCAAGGUUAGAAAGAAACGACCUCCCGCCAUUCUGGCCUCAGCACGCCAAGUUAUGGUUCAGCGCAGCAGAGUCAGCCUUCUCCAGCAAAGCAGUGGUAGAUGACGACGAAAAAUUUAGAGCAGUAAUUACCAAGCUCGAGCAAGAACAUCUUACUGCAAUCGAGCAACUGGUAACCAACCCACCAGGACAAAACAAAUACCUGGCAAUUAAAACUGCACUGAUAAAUCACUAUUCAUUAUCUCGGGAAGAGAGCUUUAGAACUCUCGUAUCCGGACUGUCAUUAAAGGUCGACGACCUUCGGAACUUUAUGCUGAAAUGUGCAGGCUCGCAGGCAACGCAGUAGGUCCAGAAUUCAUCAGAACCAUGUGGAUGGAUCGAAUGCCUAAAGACAUGCAGAUGAUCUUAUCACUCGCCGAGACUCUGGACAGCAGCAUACUACUUGAAUUAGCUGACAAAACAAUGUCACUAUGCGACAAAAAUGCUAACCCACAAGUAGCCGCAAUAGCACGAAAUCCACACAAGGAUUGCGACGAAAAAUUCCAAAUUCUUACAAAAGAAAUGAAAAAUCUGUCAACAAAAAUCGACAGCUUGGUCGGUGCUCAGAGGAAAUCUCGCAGCAACUCCCCACAUCCCCAGGGAAGUAACUCUCGAACCAACAGUGCUGAUCGAGCACCCAAGCUUUGCUUUUAUCACAAAAAAUUUGGAGCACUAGCAUUCAAAUGCGUGCCUAAAUGUUCCUGGAAUGAGAACCAGGGAAACUCUCAAAGCCAUCAAUAGACGCGACGGCUACGGAUGGCGAAACAAAGUCUCGUCGUCUGUUCUUAUACGAUAAGAACACAAAAUCAAGUGUCCUUAUCGACACAGGAGCUGAAAUAUCAGUCAUUCCUCCAAGUCUUCAAGAUUUAAAAAAUACAACUUUACACACUCUGUAUUCAGUCAACCAAGAACCCAUUCAUACCUACGGGGAGAGGAUGGUCACAAUGAACCUAGGUCUACGUCGACCCAUACAAUGGGCCUUCUGCAUUGCUGACGUGCCGUAUCCUAUCAUUGGAGCUGACCUUCUUGGGAGUUUAGGAUUCGUAGUAGACAUUAAACAAGGUCUACUCAUCGAUCCUGAGACUGGAACAAAAGCGAAAGACAUCCUAAAAGAAUUUCUCGAGCUGCUGGGAAAUCCUUCUAACAAUAUAGCAGCGAAAAAUCCUGUUAGACAUCAUAUUAAAACCACGGGACCGCCAUGCGCACAGCGCGUUCGACAGCUCCGCCCAGAGCUACUCAAAAAGGCCAAGGAGGAAUUUCAAAUAAUGCUUGACAUGGGCAUUAUGAGACCCUCCAGCAGUCAAUGGGCCAGCCCGCUACACAUGGUGCCAAAGAAAAAUGGUGAUUGGCGACCUUGUGGAGAUUUUAGAAAACUGAACGAACGAACCGAGCCAGACCAGCAUCCAAUUUCAUUAUUAACAGAUUGCACUCGGUUUUGGCAGAGAAAAAAUAUUUUCUAAGGUCGAUCUCAAACGAGCGUACAACCAUAUACGAGUAGCCGAAGAAGACAUACCUAAGACGGCUAUAAUCACGCCAUUUGGACUCUUCGAGUCAGUCUACUUACCCUAUGGUCUACGAAACGCAGCUCAGUCUUUCCAGAGACACAUCAAUGAAGUUAUUCGAGGACUAAAAAAUGUCUUCGCUUUCAUCGAUGACAUUUUGGUCGCAUCCGAGACCGAAGAAGAACAUGAGGAACAGUUACGUGCACUUUUUAAACGACUGAAACAGUACGGCUUGUGCAUUAA